AUGACACACUGUUGGCAUUGUCAACAGAUUCUUCAAAGCAAUCCAAACCUCAUGGAUUCAGUUUAUAUGUUCACUACUCAGUUUUUCCGGGAACUCACAAAUGAGCAUAUGAAGGCUUUGAAAAGAUCAGAUGAUACUACAACCCAAUCUGAACUUAUAUAUGAAAGCUUGCGGAAUUGGACAAAGGGCGAUGACAUUUUUACAAAGGAUUUUGUGAUCAUGCCAAUCUGUGAAAAUCACCAUUGGUACUCUUUUAUGAUUGUGAAUACCGGGAAAUUGUUGGAUUGGUCUCAAUCCACGUCUUUGGCUGUCUCAAUGGAUAUGUCAGAAUAUUCCCAGCAAAUUUUAAAUGAUACUGGGAUGUAUACUUUACGGGAAGUGAAUCUCCUCAAAGAGGCCAGAAAAACCCUGGCACAGACGGCCCAGGAUUGUAUUCUCAAAUGCAACCAACAGAAAGUCAAAACACAAAUGCCCAACUGCAAGAAUCUUUCAACAACUAAAAUGGAAGUCUACAGGGCCAAAAGCAAAAUCAGCCUAACCUUUCCAACCAAGGAUGCAGUUGCUGCUGGAGUAAUUGAUUAUUAA